CAUGUGGUAUUCAAAAAAGUUCCUUGUUACUGUAUUGAAAUAUUACGAAAUGUUAAAGCUUUGAGGAAUUUUCUCAAAGGUUAAAGUUAUAACUAAAAGCCUUUUAUUUAACCUUCCAGAAAGUUUUUUGCUUUUACAGUGCACACUCUUUUAUUCUGAAAGCUUUUUAGUCUUGAUAUGUCAACUGAUAAAUUGGACUUCAUUACUCCCAAAACAAACAGAACUGUUGCGGCGUUGAAAAGGGCAUCGUCAACGGCAUUUGGCGAUUCCCCGUUCGUUAUUCCUCCAUCACCUUUGAUGAAAAGACUCGGAUGUGGUACAUACGUUACAGUCUAUAGAUACAAACGACAAAAAGCUAACAGUGUGAACGCCUCACCUUGGGCGAUCAAAAAAGCGAAGAAAGGACAUGCAAGAAAAUCAAUCAUAGAGAGGUUGACCACAGAAGGAAGGGUGUUGAGAGAGUUGAACCAUCCUAAUAUUGUCGUUUUUAAGAAGCUGACCAAGACAGCACAAGGCGAUGUUUGUUUAUCUAUGGAAGACUGUGGAAAAGGGUUAGACGACAUAAUACACAAGCGACAAGAAACCGACGUCGUGGAGAUGUUCACGCCGACGCAAAUUAUGAAGGUCACGUGGUACAUCGCCAAUGCAAUAGACUAUUUACACACGACGAAAAAGUUAUUACACGGCGAUAUAAAAAGCGGAAACAUUUUAAUAAAACGCGAUUUUGAACAAGUAAAACUGUGCGAUUUUGGCGUGUCGAUAUUUCUAAAUGACAAUUUGUCGGGUCCGCGUGAUCCGACAGCGACCUAUGUCGGUUCUGAGCCAUGGAAUAGCAAAGAAGUGACACAGUCGAAUGUAAUAACAGACAAGGCUGAUGUGUUUGCGUACGGGUUGGUUAUAUGGGAGAUGUUAGCGUUGGAUGUUCCUCACGUUGCCUUGAUGUCGUACGGAGAAGACUCGAGUUUGGAUGGUAGCUUUUUGGAAAGUGAUGACGGCUAUCAUAUUCCUCAAGAAUAUUACGACGCGCUAGGUACGAGACCCGCCCUCCCAGAAUACGAAUUCUCCGAAGAUUAUGACCCUGCCAUAGUAACAUCGAUGCGAUCGACGUCGUUCGAUUCGAUCACAUUCGUUUGAGUUGAAACCUAUGAAGUUAGAUCGACGCCAAUAUUCCGAUUUAGAAGUCGCCGAAUCGACUUAAAAGUUUUGUCGUACGAUUUCACAAAGUCGUCGAGUGGCUAUUGGAUUCGUCGAUUCGUUACGAUUAGGAAGACCUUUGAAGGAUUUGUCGAGUCGUCAGUCCGGAGAUAGCACAGAACACAGUUGUUCAAUUGAGCCGUUUUCACGAAAUCACUCGAUUCAGAGCCGGCUACAUGAAAACAUCUCUCACAUCUAAUUGUUUUUCUACUCACUACGUUUUUGGUUUUUGGUUUUGUUGAAAUAUUUGGGGGACCACGUCUGUUUCAUACCUAGUUCGCUUAAAACUCACGACAGGAAGAAAAAUCGAUAUUUCGGUGUUAUUCAAUUUCCCAAACUCAUGCAAAAGUGGAAUGAGAACCAAAACAAAACAAGAAAACGGAGCGAAACCCGUAUUCUACUUGGAGUGAAACAUGCGUCGCCUUAUCUUUAAUGAACAUUUGAUAGGUCAAUUACAAUUGGAACAGCGGUGCAUUAUGAAUAACUGCACACCUACAUUCUUUUUGUGAUACUUGAGAAGUCCAUGUGCAGUUAUUCAUAUAUAAAUUCGAUAGGUGAUUUCUUCGCAUAUUAAAACUUAUAAAAAAGCCUGUAUGUACCUAGUUCCAUCUCUCGUCGUGAAUUGCUAAAUGUGAAGCGUUGGUUUUCUCGAAAAAUGAUGUGACAAACUAUAUGUAUGAGUGGAAAAUUGGCUUUAGAGUAAUUUGUUACAACAUAAGGAAGCUCAAUUCGCUUCGGCUUUCGUAAGGCGACUAUGAUUACAAGGACGAGAAAAAAGUACCCGUUUGAUACACUAACAAUACCUUCUUCUUCAGUUUAAAAAGCAUGUGAUGUCAAUUCAAUAUACAGGGUGACCACUCCUCCUUAAAUUCCUUAAAUAACCUUAGAAAAAGAAAAUCUCCUUAAAAGUACUUAAAUAUACUUUAAAAAAUUGAAAUUUCAAGUAUUCUCCUUAUUUUCUCCUUAUUUCCUAAUUUUUCUGAUCGUAACUUUUUUGGAAAUGUGUUCUUGGAUUGUUCAUCACCGGUUAAAUAAGACGUAUUUCUCUGUUAUCUAAAUUUAUAUUUUCUAUCUCUCAGGGCAUAAUUUAUAUGUAUAUUUCUAUAAUCUAUAUUAUAAUACCCGUAUACGUCUGUCUGUCUGUCUGUCUGUCUGUCACGCAAAAUGGUAGCUUAGCUGCGCAAUAGCGAGAAGCACGCAAUGCGGUAUAAAAAGGACGGGCGAACCCGUGGAUUUUCCACGGGCUAACUAGUAUGUAUAAUUUUCUUAUCAUAGAAUAUAGUAUGUAACAUUAAAGAUAGAGAACUAAAAUUAGUUUUCUCCUUUUCUCCUUAUUUUUUUAUAUUUUUAUUCUCGUUUGCAGCAAAAUAUCCUUAAAAAAUGUCAAUUUGUCUCCUUAAUUCUCCUUAAUAUCCUUACUUUUGUUCUCAUUUUAUUAGUGGUCACCCUGAUAUAGUGUUUUCCCUUAUAGGCCAGCUAUAAGACGCCAUCGAAAUGACAUGACAUUCAUCAACAAAAUUUCUAAGCCAUGAGCAAAAUAUAAUAAAAAUUUCAAAAAGAGCAAAUGUUUAGUAUUACGUAGUCACUCACCGGAAGAGACCAUGGAGCCUGGAAGAAUUCAUUCACGUCACUUCAUUAUAACCUCAAAAACUUUAAGUCAACUCAUCUACAUAAAAAAACAACGCCUCGCAUCAAAUUCCAAACUCGAAACUUUUCACGCAAAAUAAAAAUAGAAAAAUCACCAAAAAUGAACUAAGAUAUGAACAAACAAACGAAAAACAUGAACAACGGAAUGUUUUCUCACCAAGCUUUUCCAAAUCCAGGGCAGUUUACAAUAUCAUCCAAAUAUCUUUCUUGAAACUCAGUUUCAUUCAAGUAACGGUCAGUUACUGGCAAUGUCCAACAUUUCAAACAUGUAUUAGCAAAAAAACGACGCUCUACACCAUGUUGGAACUCUAUUACGAUAGUCACGCCAUCGUACGGUAUGUUUUGGUAGCCAGUGAUGCAUUGCAAUAUAUCAUGAAGAGUGAUAGUGAUGUCUCUCCAGACAAUGUCUAAAUCUUCAUCAGAAAUUAUUGAAUACUUUUUAAUUCUUUGUCGUAGAUCCAACUCCUUUAUGCUGCGCUGAAUUUACCAAUCCAAUAAUUUCUGCGAUUUGCUGCUCUGAGAAAUUGUAUGUUAAUAAUUUUUCUAAACUUUUUUAUGAUAUCAUGAACAAUGGCCUUCUAACUUUGUUGGUAUUGUAUGAUAAUGGUGGUGGUGCAGCAGAAUCCCCACAAUAACCUUCCAUGUUUACCUGAACACAGUCUCGUGCUUUUAAAGUAAUGCAAGUAGGUCAUCGGUAAUCAACGAUGGACAAAUCAGCUGUGUUUGUGUAGUAAUGUGUGCCAAACAGUCUAGUUUAGGGAGAACAAAAUCAUCAUCAAAAUCAUCACUACCCUGAAUACUACCAACACCUCUUUCUAACCUUCGCAAAGUAUCUUCAAUUGAUGAACGGAUGUAUGUUCUAAUAUUGUCUUCAAGAGAUAAAGUGUUAUCGAAGUUAUUCAUCUUCUUUUUUUUUACAAACACACACAACAAAAUACUCCACAUAAUAUACGUUCACUCCACAAUCACGUGUUGUUGCUGUAAGGAAGACAUGCCGGUUUAAGGUAAACUCAUGUUAACUUUACACGAAUAUAGAAAGUUCGUGUAAAAAAGUCAUAGAUAAUGCUGCCAAUAAGUCAACAGCAGAUCGAUUCGACGACUAGUCCAGUCGUUCGACGAAUCAAAAUACCACUCAAUAACUUUCGACUUCAAUCGUCUAAUCGAGGUGAUUCGCAUGACAAAACUUCUAGAACGAUUAUUAUUAUUAUUGAAAUUAUUUACCCAGGAUAGCCUCUUCAGUCCCUAUUGGCACUGCUAUCAACGAGGGUCCUGCGAAGGGGGUCCUAGCGCAUUUAAAGCUCCCAUUUGAGACACGAAAGUCGUGCAAGCACAGCAAUCGCUCAACUAGACAACCGCCUAAGAUAUCAAUCCUAUUCUUAUGCUGAACGCUAAGCAGAAAGGAUAGAUUCACACUUUUAUAGUCUCUGGCAUGACUCGGCCGGGGUUUGAACCCAAGACCUCCCGCACUGGAAGCAAACGCUCUACCACAAGGCUAUCAGUCGUAUGUUGGAUUUUACUUUUGAUUUUGUUAUCAUAUUUUAUCAGAUUUGUAAAUAAAUCGCUCUUAUAACAGUACAGAUAACCAUCAACCGCAAUGAUACUAAAGUUUAUAUUGCAACUUGUAAAGAAUAAAAUCAAACGAGUAGUAGAGAGUGGAUUAUGAGAGUUUAUUAGGAGAUUUUCACGGUGCCUACGAAUUCGUUUGAGUUAAGGAGCGGUUCGAGUUAAGGGGUUUCGAGUUAUGGAGAGUCCACUGUACUUAUUUCUACUCUCUUGAUAUUUACUCCGUUCUUCUAUGUUGCUUGUAUUUCGUGAUGUUAUACAGGAUCUGUUUAGUUCGUUUUAAGCAACAUAAACGAAUUAAACAUGAACUAUCAGAAAUGAACCACUAUUUCGCUAACUUAACCGAAAACUUGACUAGUAAAGAAAACGUGAAGAGCAACUAUGAUAAUUUGACAAAAAAUCUUCCAGAUGAAAAUCGUACGCAAAUAUUUCGUAUUAAACACGCGAACUAUACUGAAGUGGUUAAAAUCAUAACAAACCUUAAAAAUGAUUUUUCUAGCGGGGAUGACGAUAUUCCUGUACGAUAUAUAAAACCCAUUGCCGAAAUUAUAACGACCCUCUAGUAAACAC